UUUUUUUUUUUAUUAUUUCCUUUUAUAUAUCGUUGCUAAAAGUAACACACUUGCAUAAUGGUUUCAAUUACUGAAAAUACUGCUAUUUUAUCUAAGUAUCUUGAUUUACCUCAAAGAGGUAAGGUUCUUGCUGAAUACGUUUGGAUUGACUCGGAAGGGUCUACUAGAUCUAAAUGUAAAACCUUGAGUAAAGUUCCAAGUAGUAUUGAUGAAUUACCAGAAUGGAACUUUGAUGGUUCUUCCACUGGUCAAGCUCCCGGUCAUGAUUCUGAUGUCUACUUAAGACCGGUUGCUUUUUAUCCUGAUCCUUUUAGAAAAGGUGAUAAUAUCAUUGUCUUAACCGAAUGUUGGAAUAAUGAUGGUACUCCAAAUAAAUACAACCACAGACAUGAGUGUGCCAAAUUAAUGAAGGCCCAUCAAGAUGAAGAAGUUUGGUUUGGUUUGGAACAAGAAUAUACUUUGUUUGAUGAAUUCGACUAUCCUUAUGCUUGGCCAAAAGGUGGGUUCCCUGCUCCUCAAGGUCCUUACUACUGUGGGGUUGGUACCGGUAAAGUUUAUGCUAGAGACGUUAUAGAAGCUCAUUAUCGUGCUUGUCUUUAUUCUGGUGUUUGUAUCAGUGGUAUUAACGCCGAAGUUAUGCCUUCUCAAUGGGAAUUUCAAGUUGGUCCUUGUAAUGGUAUUAAUAUGGGUGAUGAAUUAUGGAUGGCUCGUUAUUUAUUACAAAGAGUUGCUGAAGAAUUUGGGGUUAAGAUUUCUUUCCAUCCAAAACCAUUAAAAGGUGAUUGGAAUGGUGCUGGUUGUCAUACCAAUGUUUCUACUAAAUCAAUGAGAGUCCCAGGUGGUAUGAAAUCAAUUGAAGAUGCUUUAAGUAAAUUGGCUAAAAGACAUAAAGAACAUAUGUUAUUAUAUGGUUCUGAUAAUGAUCAAAGAUUAACUGGUAAACAUGAAACCGCGGCUAUGGAAGCUUUCAGUAGUGGGGUUGCUAACCGUGGGGCUAGUGUUCGUAUUCCAAGAUCAGUUGCUAAAGAAGGUUAUGGUUAUUUUGAAGAUCGUAGACCUGCUUCUAAUAUCGAUCCUUACUUGGUUACUGGUAUCAUGGUUGAAACCAUUUGUGGUUCUAUUCCAGAUGCUGACAUGUCAAAAGAAUACGCUAGAGAAUCUUCUGAUUAA